CAAAAGGCACAUGGAGAGUGAAUUGUUCAAGAAGUAAGAAGAAAUGAGAACCAAAACGCGAGUUAGCAGAGCUCGGCUCUGUAAAUUGCCUGCACCAACCCCAACUCCAACCACCAACGAUUGUUCACUUCAUUUUCCCACCCUCAACCUGGAUGAAGCAAAUGACAAUGAAAAUGUUGUUAAUGCGACUUCUGCUUCUGCCGAUAUUGGGACUGAUAAUCUAGUAGGAAUGCGUGGUGGCUUAGGUGUCAGUGGAGAGUUUACGGAAAUGGAUUGGUCAGAAGGAGAGAGUUGUAUUAUAUGUGAUAAAAGUGGUGAGAAUUUGUUGGUUUGUAGUGAAAUUGGUUGCUCACUUUCUCUUCAUGAGAACUGCAUGAAUUCUAGACCUAAAUUUGAUGAUGUGGGGAAUUUUUACUGCCCUUAUUGUUGGUAUAAGUGUGAAAAAGUCAGGACUCGAGAGUUGAGAAAGAAGGCUAUGGAAGCAAAGAGAGCUUUGUCGUGUUUUAUAGAUUUGAAAAUAGAUGGUGAUAAUGAAGAGAAGAAAAAUUGUGGAAGAGAGAAAGGCGAGGAGCUGAAUGUAUCUCCUCGGGGUGGACAGAAAAUGGAUUUUGAGGAUGGGAAGGAUGAUGAUCAAAUUGAGAGUCUAUUUGUGGAAGUGGAUAAUGACCGAGAAAAUGAUGGGGACACUGCAAAAUUAGCUGACUCCUGUGAUCAAUGUAAGAUAGCUGUUGAACACCAAAGCGAAUUUUUUUCUGAUGAUCAAAGUCUGAAGGAAAAACCGGUGGCCAAGUCACCUCUGAAUACCAUGAACAAAGAACAAUCAAGUGAGGAAAAUGUAUCUGAAAGUCAUGAGUGUGAAGUUUUAGAAGUUGAAGAAGAAAUACAAGUGGAGGAUUCAGAACAAGCUGAUGAUAGUGAAAAUGAAAGGACAGAAACAGACCCCUGUAUUGCUUCCAGUGUACAAGAAGGAAUUGCUGUGGAUGGUCCACAUCAGGUAGAAGGAAGAGAAAUGGGCAUCUCUGAUUCUGUAAAGCAAAAGCAAGGAAGAAGGGGGGAUGAAGUAAAAAUUCUCCCUGAAACAUCAGGAGCUGAAAUGUCUGAUUCUGAUGCAGAGACAGUCUUAAUGUGCCAGAGGCGAGUUGGACAAAAAGGUAAGAAGAAAGCGCCUCAGAAUAUUGAUUCACCAAGGAAGCGAUCCUCCCCAUUAAAUGCCCGUCCAAAGAAAAUUGCUAGGACUCACAAUGAGAAAGUAAAAUCCUCCAAAAAGCCUAAUCAACAAAAAGCAGCUGCUAAGAAAUUCUCAAACCAGAUGUAUUGUAAUGAGAGGCGUAAGAGACUACACUGGACAGCUGCAGAAGAAGAAAUGCUCAAGGAAGGAGUGCAGAAAUUUUCAACUAAAGUGAACAAAAAUCUACCCUGGAGGAAAAUUUUGGAAUUCGGUCACCAUGUUUUUGAUCCAAGUCGAAAUCCAGCUGAUCUCAAGGAUAAAUGGAGGAACAUCAUGGCCAAAGAGUGCUCAAUGGUUAACAGGAGCUAAUGAUGAUUACUUAGGACUCCGGAGGAUUUAACAAAUAUAUCUGUGAAUUGCAUUUUGCGACUCCAAAAGAAUGUGGUAACCAGAGUUAAAUUUAUCAGCGUCGAUGCAGGCCUUGUUCAAAGUUUAGAGGUGCUACCUUUCUUAGUCUUUAGAUGCCAUUUAGUGGAUAAGUACUCUCUGCUGACAGGAAGUCUAGUCCGCCGGAGUCUGAGGCGCCUUCCUAGAACUGUGUUUUAAGGGCAUUAUUUUCAGACUUUUGAUGAUGAACUUCACAUGCUUCGAACAAAGGACUUGCGGAGGAAUCGAAUGAUGCAUGGAAUCUUAAAUUCAUAAAUCAACAACUCUGUCACUUGAUCUAACUAAAAGUUACCUCUGAUGUAAGUUUCUUCUGGAUCAUCGUUUUACUAAAAAUAUUUACUUGCAUGAAACAAUCACUUGUUGAUCUCUGAUCUGUGUCUUAAAUUCAAAGAAAUGUAAUUUCCUUUGCCAAGUUCUCUGGACGACGGAUGUCCCGGUAUCAUUAGAGGUGUGCUCUGGCCAGGAGACAGUCCAAUUGUGUUCUUUUUGCUAUAUUUGAAAUUCUAUCUAAGAAGCUGAAGCUCUACUCCAAGCUUCUAAAUCACUA